AUGUCAACCAACUUAAAAUCAAACUUAGAAUACAUUUUUAUAUAUGUAAUACAAAAAUGUAUGAAACUUUUUACAAUUUUAAGUUUUCUGAAAUAA